GCCGAGAGAGCCACCGUGUGCUGCUGAAGCCCUUCACCGCCAUGCCCAUCGACCCCACCUGGUUCCUCGGCAAGAGGACCGGCGGCGACCCGCCCCCGCUCCCCGAGCUCAGCUCAGGAGUCCCCUCCCUCACCACGCUCAAGAUGCGGGAGCUGGAGAAGGACAGGAGCAAAAUGCUCCAGACCAUCAAGCACUGUAAGCGAAUGCACUCCAUGCUCCAUCCGUAUCCGUGUAUGUCUUGUGUCCCCGUCCAGGUAUGGACAGCUACUACGAUGACUAUACCAGGAUGGACGAAGUGGCGCGCAUCCUCCUGCAGAGGACUUCCUUGCAAAGUAGGGCAGUCAAGACAGAGGUGCAAAGGUCGAGCAAAUGCGGACCUGUCUGCCUUUGGCUUGUAUGUGACUGCCCAGAGCGACUGAGGGAGGACGUCGCGAUCAAGAAAAAGUUGGAAGUGAUGUGAGCGAAAGAGA